AUAGAAUAAAGAAUAAAGAAUAAAGAUGAUCUAUCUUAAUAAAGAAUAAAGAAAAUUCCUUACUUACUUUAACAAAGAUGAUCUAUCUAUCUUGGCCUGAAAUUCCUCUCAACAUCCGCUGAAAUGGAUGUCCAUUUCAACAAAGACUUAUUCAACAAAAGUCUUUCAACAACUAAUUGGCAGAUCAAUUUCAACAUCCGCUGAAAUGGAUGUCCAUUUCAAAGACUUAUCUCAACAUCCGCUGAAAUGGAUGUCCAUUUCAACAAAAGUCCAUUUCAACAAAGACUUAUUCAAAAUUGAAGUAAGGGACAAGAAAAAAGCAACUUUUGGAAGGAAAAUAGGUGCUUUUAGGUAUGAUGAUCAUUUUUAGAGCAAGUAUUAAGUAGGGAAUAUGACUUACUUCAACAACUAUUUUGAAGAAUAUGUCUUACUUGGACAAUUCUUUCAAGAAUACGUGACUUGCUUGAAGAAGAUGUAAGAUUCUUUUUAUGAAGUACGAUGCAAAACUUCUACUGGAUUCCUCAACUUGUUGGCUAUAAAUUGGUUGGCGAAGGCUCUAGGCUAUUUCAAGAACUUAUCGUAUUGUCUUACAAACCAAUCGAAUAGCCUAUAUAUUUCAAGAACUUAUCCUCUUGGCUUACAAACCAAUCCUCUUGUCUUACAAACCAAGAACUUAUCCUCUUGGCUAUAAAUUUGUUGGCCAAUAGGUUUUUGUUCAAUUUUGGUCCAUGUAUAUGUUGAAUUUUAUAUUUCCUACUCUGUUUUGGCAAAUUAAGAUUGGCUUUGAAUGAUAUCUCUGUUUUCCUUUUUUUUUUUCAGAUUCACGUCCAAUGCAGUCGCACAGAUUGAACGAAAUGGAGUAUGAUGGUUAUGUGAAUGGUGGGAACUCAUCUGAUGACUCGGACGACGAGGAGCUCAUGUUGGCCUUCGCUGCCUUUAUUCUUGCUGGAUUGGCCUUAUUCGACCCGUACAUCAACUCGGGCCAGCGGCGAAGAAUUCGAGAUAGUGCACAGUCAGGUCCUCAAUAUGUUAUCGAGCUGAUAAACGGCCAUCGAGACAGAAUAUUCGACAACCUUCGAAUGGAAGCUCCCCUUUUCCUCCAAUUGUGUGACUUGUUGGUUCAGAGGGGCUAUUGGGUGCCCCACCCGACACAACGGGUGGGGAUUCAUGAGUCCGUUGCUAUAUGCCUGCUGUGUUUGAGCCAUAAUGAGCGACAUAGGGUGCUUGCCGAGAGAUUCCAACAUUCUCCCGAGACAACGGACCGCCAUCUACGACGCUGCCUUAGAUCUCUCGUUCGAUUGGGACGCGACCUGGUCCGACCGGUAGAUUAUCACACAACCCAUCCAAGAAUACAGAACAGUGCUUUGUUUUGGCCCUGGUUUAAGGAUUGCGUUGGAGCGAUUGACGGAACACAUGUUUCGGCCUGGUGUACAGCCGAAGACAGGGAACGUUACCGGAACCGGCAUGGUAGCUUAUCACAAAACGUUCUAGCCGUGUGUGAUCACAACAUGAGAUUUACUUAUGUCAGGGUAGGGUGGGAGGGUAGCGCACAUGAUUCUAGAAUCUUACAAGAAGUCAUACAAGAUCCUAAUUGUGCAUUUCCGUGGCCACCAGCAGGUUAGUCCAGAUUAAAUCACAUAAUUCCUUUCCGCAAUGCGUCUUCAAAGUUUAUAUAAAUAUAAUUUCAUUAUGCCAGGGAA